AAAUAAUAUGGGUAUAUUCAGAUCUGAGGAUAUGGAUCUCUACGAGAUCACUAUUCCAAAGGAUAAUGCUUGGGAAAUCAUGAACAAGCUUGGGGACAUUGGAAUCAUGCAUUUCAUCAAUCUCAACAAGGAAGAGCAGGUGUUCAACCUCACUUAUGCUCCAUUUAUUAAGAGAUGCGAAGAGACAGAGAAGAGAAUUUCAUUUAUCGAGCAAGAAUGCAAGAGGCACCACGUCGAAAUGGAAAAGCCUAAAAGUGUAGAGGAGUUCCUUAAGAAUAUUAACAAUAUUCAGAACAAAAUGAAGAAAGCUGGGGACCUCUUUUUCGAAUCUAUUGAAGAAGACAUUAAGGAAAAAGAGAAGUUUGUGCAAGAUCAAACUAGCAAGAGCAAAGAGAUCCAUGAUAGCUUCACUCUUCUAUUUGAGUAUAAGACUGUACUGAUGAAGGCAGAACGCAUUCUCCAGUUCAAUGCUAGGGGACUUAUAAAUGAAGAGGGAUCUGCUCUGGGUUCAUUAAAUGGAGAGGGAAGACCAGAUGCUCCACUGAUGCGAGAUUCAGCUGGGAUCUCAGUUGGACACAUUGCAGGAACUAUUAACAAAGAUGAGGAGUAUAGAUUCAAGAAGCUCAUCUUCAGGGCUACAAGAGGAAACGCACUCACUUACUUUGACGACUUUGAUCAACCCAUAAAAGAUUAUUACGGGAACGGACAGCAAAAGUCUGUUUACGUUGUAAUAUUCCAGGAUGGAUCGUCGGUAAGAGAAAAGAUUAUCAAGAUCUGUGACUCCUUCCUUGGAGAGAGGUUUGAUAUCCCAACUGGAGGUAUUCAGGACAAGAUCAGCGAGAUCAAUCACAAGAUUAAUGAUACUCAAAAUGUGAUUGGUGCUACCCACGAAGAGAUCCGGAAUUACUUGAUGAAAAUCAAUAAAAUGGAGAACACUAGUACAUCAGUUAUCCAACUUUACAAAUGGUUCAUAGUAAAAGAGAAAGCCUUAUAUGAAAACUUAAAUAAACUGAAGAUGGGAUCAAGACUCUUAGUUGGUCUUUUCUGGUGCCCUACCUCUCAGACCAAAUACGUCUCUGAUGAGAUUCAGAGAAUUAAGCAAGAUAGGAACAUCAGUGGUCCUCAGAUGUGGAAGAGGGAAGGUCAUGGAAUCACUCCACCUACUUAUGUAAAGACCAAUGAAUUCACUGUUGUCUUUCAACAAAUCGUAGAUACGUACGGAGUGCCAGAUUACAAAGAAGUGAACCCAGCAAUGUUCACAAUUGUAUCCUUCCCCUUCCUGUUCGGAGUCAUGUAUGGAGAUAUGUUCCAUGGUUUUAUGCUGUUACUUGUUGGUUCCUUCCUCACUUUAUUCAAUAGCAAGCUUAAGGAUACAGCACUUGGAGGUAUAUGUAUGGCAAGAUACAUCCUUUUAUUGAUGGGAUUCUUUGCCUUUUUCUGAGGAAUUUGCUAUAAUGAUUUCGCUUCUAUCCCGGUAUGGGGAUCUACUUGCUUCACCCCAAGAGAUCCUGUUCCAGAUAUAGAGGGAGAAACAACAAAAGUAGAAGGACAAGUAUGGGAUGAUAAACCUGAUUGAGUGUAUGCUAUUGGUAUCGAUCCAGUCUGGUACAAAUCAGAAAACGAACUCCAGUUUAUCAACAAUAUGAAGAUGAAGAUGGCUGUAAUUUUCGGAGUUGCUCAUAUGUCCCUUGGUAUUUUCAUGAAGGCUUUCAAUGCCUUCCACUUUAAGAGACCUCUUGAUUUCUUCUUUGAGUUCCUACCUCAGAUCACUCUUCUCUGGGUACUAUUUGGAUGGAUGAAUCUUCUAAUUAUCAUAAAAUGGCUCACACCAUGGUACAUUAUUAGAACAGAAGAUGAAGUCCCUCCACUUCAAAAUGUUGACAGGGCUCCAGGAAUUAUCACAGUUAUGAUCAACAUGUUCCUCGGCUUUGGAGAAACAGAUACAAAAGAGUUUGAAUCAAUCGCUGGAUCUCCAGACACUCAAAAAUAUAUAAGCAUUAUAUUAUUAGUCAUUGCUUUGAUCUGCAUUCCUUUGAUGCUUCUUGUAAAACCGUUGGUUCUUAGAUCACAAUUGAAGAAGCAUCAUGGAGGUCAAGCUAGCUUCCAAGGUCGUGGAGAUUCUCGCUUCCAGAGACUUGAUUCUGAUGAAGAAGAUAAUGAAUUCUCUGAUACCAACAACAUUCAAGAUGAGUCUAAAUUCACUGCUGCACCUGUUAAAAGUGAUGAGAUUAAUUUAGAAGAGAUUGUAAAGAAUGAAGCUGGAGAUGAAGACCAUCAUGAUUUUAGCGAGAUCUUCAUUCAUCAACUGAUUGAAACUAUCGAGUUUGUAUUGGGUACAAUUUCAAACACUGCUUCUUAUCUCAGAUUGUGGGCUCUCUCCCUAGCUCACAGUCAGUUAGCUGCAGUCUUCUUUGAGAAAUUGCUAGAUGACAUGGGAUUACAGUCUGAUAGCAUUAUAUUUGGAGCUAUUGUCCUCUUCUUCUUAUUCCCAGCCUGGGCCUCCUUCACCCUAUUUGUGCUGAUGCUUAUGGACGCAAUGGAGUGUUUCCUCCAUACCCUCAGACUCCACUGGGUGGAGUUCCAGAACAAGUUCUACAAAGGAAACGGAUACCCAUUCCUUCCUUUUAACUUCCGUCCAAUAUUAGAGCAAGAGAAAACCAGGAAGGAUUAG